GCUGCUUCAUCUUGUACCUAGACCAUUCUUUCAACAGCAAAGUUCGUCUCUCUUGCUCUUCAGGUGAUAAUAACUUGAUCGGCUUUCGUAAUCUAGAAGCGUCUAACAACUCAUGCCUGGUUCUAGAUCUACACGGGGCACGACUUCAGUCGGUUUGCGAAUGACCAGCUGUUUCUUUUUCUUAUUGUCCGCUACUGGGCCCUUCUUUUUCUUCAGAUUUGGAUUGUGUCUUGCGGGUAAUGACUGACGUAUAGCAAGGCCGCUAAAAGGAACGAAAAAUGACAACACGAACAUCCCUCUUGUUCCGUGGUAAAUCAGACAAGUAGCAAAGAAGUAAUGUCGCCGCCGCAUGGCCGCAUUUCCGUUUGUGCGCGCAUUCUUCCGUCAUCAUGGUACUCUUUUCGUUUAUCUCGCUUUCACGUUAUCAAUAUUCUGUUAGUGUUUUUCGCAUAAGUUCGUUUUGUUUCAGUGCCUUUUUGUAUGCGUUUUUCUAGUCUAUUUGUGCAUUUCCAUCGCGACAUUACAGUCAUCUUGUUUCAAUUGACCGUCUUCUCCGCUUUCUUCUAUCGUGUUCCUAGCCGUCCUAGUCAUGCAACGUUUGUAAGCCUGAUCCUCUACCUUUGGCUCGUUAUUUCUGUUUCUUUUAUUCACGGUAUUCGCCCAUAACUUGUAAUUUAUUUUGUUUUUGGCAAACGCUCGCUUUUCAUCGCUUUUAUCGCUUUCAUCGUUUUCGCCGUUUAAGUUGUACAUUUCGUGGCCUACUAGUGUGGCGUGUUGGACGCUUGAUUACAAUAACUAAUGAAACAUUCACCAAAUGAAAACAAUUUUCACUCGCAGCCUGUUGUCAGACUGACAGAAUUCUCAUCGUUUUGAACUCCUGUGUUUAUAUCAAGUUCUAUUGUUUCGUUUCUCGGAAUUUCAGCUUCUUUCCAUGGACAACCCUAAAUUAUGGAAUCCGGAAUCCGGAAUCCGGAAUCCGGAUUCUCUUGCUCUGAGAAGACUGGUGAGUAGCACAUCUGUUAAUAACUUUUGUUCCAAUCCGUUCGCAAGCGAGAAGCAGACUGAAGUAAGUGUGCAGCAGUUCUAUAAAUUGUUUUAAUAUGAUGGCCAAGUAGUGGUGAUUUGGAACAGUAUCAGUGUGGAAUAGUGUUGAUCUGGAACAAGUCUCGUAUCUGUUGGGAAAAACAAAUUUAUUUAAACGAGUCAGAUUAACCUUUGGACAUCGAAAGUGGAUGGCGUAACCAUCGAUGUACAAGGAGCUGCCACUGACGGAGACCUUGUUCUCCAUGACGUCAUUUCCUAUCUUGUUCAGUAUCUAUUAGACAUAAAGGCCAAAUUUAUACCUCCGGUAAAUUGCAGAUCACUUAUUAAACAAAAUGGCAAUUACCAGAAAGCUUAUUUUAGAACCUGUUAGGGUACUUAGAAUCAAAUUAGGACGCAGGCUAUUUAAAUUCUCAUAAUUAUAACCCUCAUUAGAAAUAACGGUUGCACGAAUUUCGACAGACGGGGAAUCCUCGUUCCAAAAAAGGUCAAGUUUGAGCUCCUUUUUACUUGGCUUCUUGAUUUUAACAGGCAAAAGCUAUGCAAAGUUGCUUUCGCGUAUUUAAAGAAUUUGUUUUCUUUAAUUUUUGGAUUCUGGAUUCCGGAUUCUGGUUUCCGGUUCCGGUUUCGGUUUCUGGUUCCCGGUUUCCAGUUUCCGUGUUUUAGGGUUGCCCUCUUCCCAUAUAAGUGUUCAAAAACCCUGCAAGCGACGGUACUGACGGAUAUAUUUGUGAAGGGAUAUAUUUGAAUUAUAAUUUCUCAUCUGACCAGUUUUUUUUUUUUUUUGGUUUUUUAAAUCAGUUCUGACACAUCAAUGAGUCUGAAUGGAUAUCUUAGCCUAAUACCUCGGUCUAUUGACAGUGUAUAAUGAGCUUGGUGUGGAUUCCAUAUCUAAUUCAGAUAUUCAUACAAAAGCCUUCUGAGUUGUUCGCAUUUAUAAUUUUGGUGCCUUAUUUUAGAUGGUGUCUCCCUUUCGGCUCUAUUUUGUGUCUGGCCUUCUCAUUGUUACUGGCUGCCUGUUCGGAAGCUGUUCUUCCGUCGACAUUUGUUCUGCUGAGAGUUGUUCGGCUUCAGACCAACUGUGUGAAUUUAUUUGGGUCAACCAAGCUGAUAUGACAGAAAAAAUUAUCGACCGGUUGAAGUACCGACCACACAAACACUUUCUCCGUUUCAAGGGUCCUGUUUAUUAUCUCGACACACAAGGGAAAUGGAAACAGGCGAGGGACGAGUUUGAAACAUGGGUAUCAGUGGCUGAUACACAUGAAUACAUGCUUCAUUUCCCUCACAAUUUCAACGUCUUAUCGCUAGGAACUAUGGGAAUAAUCACAGACGAUUUUUGGGGGCCUGAUGGAAAGUGGGACAUUUCGGGCUACUGUAACAAGGCCUGCGCCAAACUUAUGAAACCUCGAUGCUCUUUAUCUCGGAGAGUUAUUCAGGAGUUCGUGGCUAAUGUCACGGU